CAGUAUGACAUGCAGAUGAGUGCCGUCGAUCUUAGAAUCACCGCACACUUCACUCAUUUGGGCAGUCACGGGGCCAAAACCAGAGUGUGGAGCCACAGUGUGGCGGUGGAGGCAGCAGCAAUGGGAGGCCAUACAGCACCCUAUGACAAAAUGGAACCCACCAGCAGUGUGAGGAGACCUGAAAGUGGCACAUGGCAGAGUGUGGCGAUGAAGACAGCAGCAAUGGGAGGCCGUACAGGGACCCAUGACACACUCUGGACCUGGCAGCAGCAUGAGGAGGCGGUACAGGGGCCCAUGACAGAUUACGGGCCUGGCAGCAGCAUGAGGAGAGCCGGUACAGGGGGCCAUGAAUCAGUAUGGACCUGGCAGCAGUGUGAGGAGACCCGAAAGUGGCAAAUGGCGCAGGGUGGCGGUGGAGGCAGCAGUAUUCGGAAGACAUACACAGGACUAGUUUAAAAAGCGGAAGCCGUCAGCAGCGUGA